GGAGCACUAUUCCUCCCACUGGACACCAUUGAUGGGACACUAGUCCUCCCACUGGACACCAUUGAUGGGACACUAGUCCUCCCACUGGACACCAUUGAUGGGACACUAGUCCUCCCACUGGACACCAUUGAUGGGACACUAGUCCUCCCACUGGACACCAUUGAUGGGACACUAGUCCUCCCACUGGACACCGUUGAUGGGACACUAGUCCUCCCACUGGACACCGUUGAUGGGACACUAGUCCUCCCACUGGACACCGUUGAUGGGACACUAGUCCUCCCACUGGACUCCAUUGAUGGGACACUAUUCCUCCCAUUAAAACCAAUGAUGGGGUAUUUUCUACUCCCAAUGGCCACAAACGUUGGGAGACCCCUG